AUGAGCAGACCCAGUUUGACGUCAAAGAGUUUCGCCACCGCAUUGCUGAGGCUGAGAAAGAGCUCCGUGGCCUUCUUCGGAGCAGCUCAGACUUCCGCAUGGAGGUUGAAGAUGCAGAAUCGAAAUGGCAAAACAAGUUGGAAUACAAGAAGGUCUUGA